CUCUCCUCUGAUCUCCCACAUACACACUCAAUAAGAACUGCAUUAUAAAUACUUGCAAAAAAAACCUCUCUGGCCCCCAUAUUGUCAACGAAUUUUGUUGUAGUGAUCGUGGUUGAAUAAGUCUAGUGACUCUGCAACUUCUGAUGGCUUUUCGCUGGAGAGCGAACAGGGCAGAUCGCCGCAAUGAAACUAGAGAUCCGGAUGAAUCUAGCUCAUCUCCUGAAGAUAAUCGAAGUCAUGCAUCUGCGUCUGAGAGUUAUAAAGGUAUUGGGCCGAAGCCAUAUUCAUAUGGUCAACUAGCAACGGCAACUGAUCAUUUCUCCAACAACAACCUCCUUGGCGAGGGUGGUUUUGGUCAAGUUUAUAAGGGAUCCCUAGAUGGUAAAAUCCGUGCUAUUAAGAAACUUAAAAAUCUUCCGGAUGUACAGUCGAAAGAAAAUUUGGAGACUGAGAUUGAGGUCGUUAGCAAAGUCAGCCACAAAAAUCUUGUUAAGCUGGUUGGUUACUGCAUUGAUGGAGCAAAUAGGUUGCUUGUUUUAAAGUAUUUUCCCAAUAAGUCCUUGAAAUCAAAAUUACAUGGAAAGGAGAUUUUGAACUGGGAGAAAAGAAUGAAUAUUGCCAAAGGCUCUGCAAGAGGAUUGGAAUAUUUACAUGAACACCAUAAACCUAAAAUCAUACACCUAGAUAUCAAGCCAGAUAAUAUUCUUCUUGAUGACGAAUUUGAACCAAAGGUUGCAGAUUUUGGACUUGCCCUGUUUUUUUCGGAUGCUGCUACUCACAUCUCCAAAUCAACAAUUGCGGGAACCCAAAUCUAUGCAGAUCCAGCGACAACACAAUCGGGAAAGUAUUCUGAUAAAUCAGAUGUUUAUUCUUUCGGUGUAACGCUUUUAGAGCUGAUUACUGGAAGACAACCCAUCGAUAAAGGCAGUGAUAUUGUUAAUUGGGCAAACUCUCAUAUUGAAAAUGCUUUGAGCGGAGAAUAUGAGAAUUUUGUAGAUUCCAAAUUGAAAACAUUUGACCUCGAAGAAAUGCACCGAAUGAUUUUUUGUGCUGAAGUUUGUGUAAAUAGGCCUCCACAAUCUCGUCCAUCAAUGAAGAAGAUACUUCUAGCUCUUGAAGGAAUUUUGCCUUUAGAGAAUUUAUGCGAUGAGAAGACUGUCAACAAAUUGCGACGGAGCAUUACAUAUGACCCUAAGCCAAGCCCCAAGCCUCCUACCGUUCAAGAAACUAAAUAUGUUCAACAGAGGGGUUCCUCCAACACCAUUCGAGGGACGAAUCAAGUUUACAAGCCGACAAAAUUUACUUAUCAACAACUAAGUUCGGCUACUAAAGAUUUCUCCCAAAAAAACCUUCUUUACGAGGGUAUUUUGGGUGAAGUUUAUGUAGGAUACCUAAAUGAUGGUAAACUAGUGAUAGUCAAGAAAUUUAUAGACACGCAUGGAGGGAAAGAAGAUGAAUUCAAGAAGAUUAAAGACGUCAGCAGUAGUGUCCAUCAUCAAAAUCUUGUUAACCUGAUCGGAUACUGCGAUGAAAGAGACAAUAGACUGCUUGUUUAUGAGUGUUUUAGGUUCCGCUCCUGCUUAAGAUUCCGUUUACUUGCUAUGGAUAACAGACUAGGAGUGAAUGAAUCACCUUUGGACUGGCCAACCCGAAAGGGCAUCGCUUUAGGCAUCGCUAAAGGAUUGGUACAUCUCCAUCAACUAUAUAAACCUUGGAAUAUAUACGAGCAUUUCAUGGAUGAUAGCAUCUUUCUUGAUGAUAAUCUUGAACCAAAGUUUGCGGAGUAUGGACGUGUCAAGUUUGUCUUACAAAAGGAAAAAAAGGUGACCCACCGCAGGAAGCAUCCUACACUUAUGGACUCUAAAUUUUUUAUUUCUAGCGGUUCUACGACUUCUGAAUAUGUUAAGCUCGAUGUUUAUUUCUUUGGAGUGAUUCUUCUUAAGAUUAUUACUGGGAAACAACAACAUAAUGAUAUUAGUUCCACUGAUGACUUUAACUUAAUUGAAUUGUCGGUGCCUUGCCUCGAAAAUGAUUGGCCCAAAGGCGAUGAUAGUUUUGUUGAUGAAAAAUUGGAGGAGUAUGACAAGGAUGAAAUGGAUCGACUGAUAGAAUGUGCUUUAGCAUGUGUAAAGCCUUGUCCGCAAAAUCGACCGCAAAUGAGUCAGGUAAUUUAAUGAAAUACUUUGUAUUAUAUAUAUAUGUGAAAAAAAUGAAAAUUCGAAUCUGACUCUGUCAAAAUAAUAUGCUUUCAAUAACCAAAUUAAAUCAGGCUAAGCUAUUUUAUAUUCUUGAUUUAUAUCCAUUUUAUCUUUUGGUCAAAUGCUUUAUUAAUUUUCCUCUAAAUUUUCAUCUCCUAUUUGUUUAAUUUAACUAUAAUAAAAACAAUUUGCUAUGUAAUUAGUUUGUGUGAUUAAUCAACCAGUACUUACCCUUUUUUAUUCCAUUUCUUUGCAAAGCAGGUGGUUGAAGUUCUAGCAGGAAAUAUUCCUGCGAAAAAUCUCAAGAAAAUUGAUAGGAGGAAAACUUAUUAAAAGAAAAAAUAAAUAAAUAAAAGAAAGAAAGAAUUCUUUUUCCCUUUUAAUAGAAGUUGGAAACUUCAUUGAAAGGCCGAUUAUACAUCAAAAUAAAAAAUAGACCUCAUUGGAGGUGGCAAAGGCGUGUUUAGCUGUUAGGCGUUCUGAGUUUUGGUUUGCUUGUAUCCAGAUGAUCUGUGGAACCUUCUAUGUAUUGAUGCUUCCUUGAGCCUUGUAAUGCAAAUCGCAAUUCAAAAAAUAAUCGAAAAAGGUUUGAAUCCAGAA